UGUAACUUCGCCUUGUUACUUCACCUCUUUCCUCAUCUUUUCUACAAAGAUUCAAAUAUACAUUGGAAAGGGCGAAUAUAAGAGAUACCACGAUAAUUUCAUGUAUAUAUAAACAAGAACGUGUUUUCAAUUCAUUCUCUGUAAUUUCUUAUCAAAAAUACUUGUUUAAUAGGAGACUUCCUGUACAAGCUUUGCUUGGCUAUUAUAUUUCUACGCGUGAACGCGAUUUUAUAAGUCUUUAAAGUAUUUUUUCUCUUUUUUGUAUUCUAUUACUGCUUCUCAAAAGUACGUGUCUCCUCGUUUGUGUGUAUCUUUGUCCUUUACAUCUCUUUGCAAAAGUUAGUCUGCGUUUUUUGGGUUAGUGAUUAUCAAAUUGACUGUCUUGCUUAGCUCUUUUCAUGUCGACCCCUUAUGUGAAUCCAAACUUUUUACGAGGGCUGACUAAGGAUAAUGUACGGGCCAUAUACCGACGAUGGCAAUUCUUGAAAAGUCAGGGUGCUACGGAAGAAUCAAAUCCAGAGUUUGCACAUCUAACAUCUGUACUGAGGUCAAUACAAAAAAUACAAUAUACUGCUCGUUUACAGCAAAUCUCUAAACAAAACCAACUUUCCCAAGCCGAAAAUGUUGGGUCUUCAGCUGUCAAUGAAACUCCCAGUAUAGACCAAAAUCCCAUGCUAUCACAUGCGUCGCCAGUUUUGCCUAAUGUACGUUCUUCUUAUCUGCCCGAUGUAAAUACGCCUUCAUCUGUACCACCAGAUGCUUCUGUUAAUCUCAUGAACACAAAUAAUGAGGUACCUCGUCCAGAUCCAUCCUAUCCUCUUCAAGGUCAUUCUACUUCUCCGAACGCUGGAUUUCCCAGUAAUUAUUCCGCAAAUACUACAGACGGUAAUAGUAUGAAUUCUGUAAAUUACUAUCGCUCUAAUCUUCAAAAUACGGAUACUUCUAUGAAUACAAAUGCUCGUGGUAUGAUGCCACAUCAAUAUUUUGGCUCUCAAUCUAUGGAUGCAAAUUAUAAUGGUAAUCCUCCUGGUGCUCUAUAUAACAAUCCAGUUGAUUCUACUUCGCUGGGAAAUGGAAAUCAUUUGCCAUCGGCUUCGAGUAAUCAAACCCCUUCUUUUGAUCAUAAUCCAAAUGUAAAUCCUUAUACGGGUAAAAGAUUUAGUAAUGCAGUUCCAAUGCAACCAAUGUUGGACAGACGAGCUUCUUUAUCCGUUAAUCCUCGACGAUCUUCGACUCCUGGUACAUCUAUGCCAACUCCACCAUAUACUAACUAUAAAGGAGAUAGUCUUCCACCACGCCCUGUUACUUAUUCCCCUUCUUUUCCUUCCCAACAAAACUUUCCUACCUCUGGUAAUGUUAACACGGAGAACACUACAGUACCUCAUCCUUAUUCCUAUGGACAUUUACCAAAUUCUUCAAACAUUCCUGGUGAAAACCACGUCAAUGGAAAUCAGUAUAUGUCCUCUGAUAAUUCAGUAAACCCCGGUCCUUCCAUAGCGUCCGGAAGCCCUCAACUAGCACCGGCGCCUUCAGCUUCACCGAAUAUGUUAUCUUCGGAUCCGGUUCCUGCUAGGGAGUUUGCCGCCGACCGUUCGCAAUCAACGAAAGGUAGGCCGCAGCUCAUGAAUGUAGGAAAUCCGUACGCAUCCUCCUUGGCAAAAUCGCAGCCUGUCGCCUUCAACCCUGUUCAGCUUUCCUUACUAAAGAAUCAAAUUAUGGCUUAUAAUUCUCUGAACUCUCCGUUCGGACAAAUUCCACAACCUAUUCAAAAAGCUAUAUUUGGUAAAACUCUGCCUGAGGUACCUGAAAAUAUCUUGCUAAAGCAGCAAAAUCGAAUGAAGCAAACAAACGUAGAAGAACCUUCUGUCCCUCUAACAUCUCAGAAAGAAACACAACCAGAGGAUAUUCAUUAUACUCAGAAACGAAACUCGCAGUCCCGUUUGGAUACUGCGAGAUUGAAUUCUAAGGUUGGAAAAGCCUCUGUAUCGCCGCAUACCUCUGCUAGGAAUAAUACCGUUAAACCUACAGUUUCUCCGGUUACGUAUUCAUCUUGUACCGAUCCUAAAAGUUACAUUGAGGCUCCUAUUUCGUAUGAAAAGUUUUCUUCUGCCGAAAAUUUAAAACUGGUGCCUUCUUUACUUUCUCCCGGGUUGUCCUGGGAUUUUAUAUUUCGUAAUUCGGAAGUGGCUAUUGCUUGUUCCGUUGGAAACAGAGUUAAUGUUUUGGAAGAUCUUUCAGCAACUGAAGAAAAUCACAGCUCUUCCGAAAAUAAAAGCUUGGGUACAAAACAGAUGAUUGAACUUCGGUGUUUAAGGUUAUUGGAAAAGCAAAGAAAAUUACGUACUGCUGUUUCUUCAACGAUUCAACAGUCGGAGAUAUUAGCAGCUGGGAAUUUAAGGAAUAUGUUUCGAACAGUUAAACAUCAAAGCUUACAGGAAGCGAAUACUACUUUAGCCGUUGCGGAACAGCAAAAUAACGCACAUGCUCUGAAACAAAAAGAAAAACUGUUAUCUCAUUUGAGGUCAAUAUUGCAGCAUGGAAAAUCGGUAUCAAACAAAGCGUCUAACCGAAAGCAAAAGUAUUCACAAAUGGGCAAAGAUGUUAUGUGCUUACACACUCACUAUGAAAAAGAAGAGAAAAAGCGCAUUGAAAAGAGCGCCCGAGCAAGAUUGCAGGCAUUGCGCGCUGAUGAUGAAGCUGCCUAUCUUGAAUUGGUUGAUAAAGCCAAAGAUAGCAGAAUUACUCAUUUACUUCGCCAAACCGAUUCUUUCCUUGAAUCUUUAACUGAAGCAGUAAGAGUACAACAAUCAACAAUUCAUGGCGGUAACACUUCCGGAAAAGAAGAGAAGUUAUCAAAUGCGACAGCUGAAGAUGAAGAUGAGCUCAGUAUGGAUUAUUAUAAUGUUGCUCACCGCAUUCACGAAGAAGCUGAGCAGCCUAAAAUAUUUGUUGGUGGUAAUUUGAAAGAUUACCAGCUUAAAGGGUUAGAAUGGAUGUUGUCUUUGUAUAAUAACAAUUUAAACGGUAUUUUAGCAGAUGAAAUGGGUUUAGGUAAAACCGUACAGACUAUUGCUUUCAUCACCUAUUUAAUCGAAAAGAAGAAUAAUCCAGGCCCUUUCCUAAUUAUCGUCCCCUUGUCAACUUUAACCAACUGGAAUCUUGAGUUCGAGAAAUGGGCUCCGAGUGUUACAAAAAUUACUUACCGAGGACCUCCUCAAUUGAGAAAAGCAUAUCAAAUGCAGAUAAAAAGUAACAAUUUCAAUGUUUUGCUAACUACCUUUGAUUAUAUUAUUAAAGAUAGACCAUUACUUUCAAAAGUAAAAUGGUUAUAUUCAAUCAUUGAUGAAGGUCAUCGGUUAAAGAAUACUCAAUCGAAGUUGACGAGUACUUUGUGUUCUUAUUAUCAUUCACAGUAUCGUUUGAUUUUGACCGGUACUCCUUUACAGAACAACCUUCCCGAGCUUUGGGCUCUAUUAAAUGUCGUAUUGCCCAAGAUUUUUAACUCCGUCAAAAGCUUUGAUGAAUGGUUUAAUACUCCUUUCGCUAAUACAGGUGGUCAAGAUAAAUUUGAGCUUACUGAAGAGGAGUCCUUGUUAGUUAUUAAACGUCUUCACAAGGUAUUAAGACCAUUCUUAUUUCGGAGACUUAAAAAGGAUGUUGAAAGCGAGCUUCCAGAUAAGGUUGAGAAAGUUAUAAAAUGCCCUCUCUCUGGUUUACAAUUUAAGCUCUAUCAACAAAUGAAAAAGCAUGGUAUGCUGUUUGUAGCUGGUGAUAAAGGAAAAACGGGAAUGAAGGUACUGCAGAACACCGUCAUGCAGUUAAAAAAGAUUUGUAAUCAUCCGUUUAUAUUUGAGGAAGUUGAAAGAGCUAUUGAUCCGUCUGGUACAAAUUACGAUUUGCUUUGGAGAGCUGCUGGAAAGUUUGAGCUUUUAGACCGAAUUUUACCGAAGUUAUUCAAAACGGGUCACAAAACAUUGAUUUUUUUUCAAAUGACUCAAAUUAUGACCAUCAUGGAAGACUACUUACGUUACCGUAAUUGGAAGUACUUGCGUUUAGACGGUUCUACCAAAUCUGAGGACCGCUCUGAUCUUCUAUCACAGUUUAACGAUCCAGCCUCUGACAUUUAUGUUUUUAUGCUCAGUACCAGAGCAGGUGGCUUGGGGUUGAAUUUGCAAACCGCUGACACUGUCAUUAUUUUCGAUACUGAUUGGAACCCACACCAAGAUUUGCAAGCACAGGAUCGUGCUCAUCGAAUUGGUCAGACAAAAGAAGUUAGAAUUUUGCGGCUUAUUAGCGAAAAGUCUAUAGAAGAAAACAUCCUGUCUAGGGCUCAGUUCAAAUUAGACCUUGACGGUAAGGUUAUUCAAGCCGGAAAAUUCGAUAAUAAAUCAACCCCUGAAGAGCGUGAGGCAUUCCUUCGUUCUUUGUUGGAACAUGAUGGUGAAGAGGAUAAUGAUCUGGGUUAUAGUGAACUGCAAAAUGAUGAGUUAAACGAGCUUAUUUCAAGGACGGAUGAUGAACUUGAACUUUUCCGUAUGAUAGAUCAAGAGCGUGCUGUAAACGACAUUUAUGGAAAGGGAAAGGCUUUAGAUCGCUUGUUGUCUGUUAACGAACUUCCUGAAAUUUACAGAGCUGAAGUUGAUCAUGUCGUAAAGGAUGCAUCCGAAGAUAUUCCUUUUGACGCUGGACGUCAAAAAAGACAAAGAGCUUCUGUAAGUUAUGCUGAACCAGGAUUUGAGGAUACAUAUGAAGAAGGAAGCAAAAAUGAUAUGCCGCGACGACGUGGUAGACCAAGGAAAAAGCUUGCUUUGGAUAAUCUUAAUUACUCAGGACCCUUAGUUUACGAAUCGCGUUCAAGCAGGAGGGUAAGUGAAGAUCCUUCGACACACAAGUAUGCAGCUCUUCAAAGAUGCUUAAAAGAGAUAUAUGAGAGCAUCUUCCAUCUUCAAGAUGAGACUGGUCGUUUAGUCAACGGUUUAUUCUUAUAUCCUCCUAGUCGUAAGCUAUAUCCGGAUUACUAUGUUAUUAUUAAACAUCCAAUCGCACUUGGUAAAAUUGGAAGGAAUAUAAAAAAUGGUAGAUACACAGAGUUGCAAGGCUUGGUUUCGGAUUUUAUGCUUAUGUUCAGCAAUGCUUAUACUUAUAAUGAAGAGUUUUCUCCUGUAUAUGAGGACGCCAAAUUUAUGGAACGAACUCUUACGAGCAUACUCGAAAAAUUCGAAAGAGAACGAAUUUUUGAAAAGUACGAAAAGGAAGAAUUUGAUAAAUUGAAUGUCGGGCCCAUGCUUGAUCUUGAGAAAGACCAUAUAGAAACAGAAUCCAAUAUGGAGCUUGUCACUAACGAUAAGGAGUUCGAAAUCGAUCAGGAUUACGACGAUCUGACCUCCGAAGAAUAAUUCUUAUGUAUAUAUGGUACGAGUGACUCGAUAUUUGAAUUUUAAUAUUCUUAAUAAUGACAAUGAAGCACUAUACAAAGUCGGUUUACAAAGGAUUGCAUUUUCUGAAAUACAUGCCAAAAACUAAUAAAUCAUGGAGAAAGCUUAAAAUUUAAUAUAGCUUAAGAUUUUGUUUUAAUAAUCUAUUAAUGUUUUGAACACUUUAUUUCAACCUAAAUCUUUUUGAGUCUUAGUAAUUGUGAAAGCCAUUGUAAAACUG